CUUCACUCUCAUGUUUUGUCAUUUUGAGAGGUUGAGAUCCAGCGAUGCUACGGAAGGGUGUCACAGAGAGCUUUGGUGCAGCUGUCGCUACCCUCAGCUCGGCUCAGCUGACGGACACUGUGAUUCACAGGAGCAAAAGGAUGAUCCUGGACACCCUGGGUGUUGGACUGCUGGGAACCAGAACGUCAGUCUUCAACAAGACCCUCAUGUACAGUCAGUUGUUCCAUUCUAAGGAGAGAAGCUGUGUUUGGGGAAAAUCAGACGUAACUCUCCCACCUCUGUUUGCUGCAUUCGUUAACGGCAUUGCUGUUCACUCCAUGGACUUUGACGACACCUGGCACCCUGCGACUCACCCCUCGGGAGCGGUCCUGCCGGCCCUGCUCGCGCUGGCAGAGAUGCUGCCCAUCCGGCCCUCUGGUCUGGAUCUGCUGCUGGCCUUCAAUGUGGGCAUUGAGGUGCAAGGACGACUCUUGAGAUUCUCCGAGGAGGCCUACAACAUCCCCAAAAGAUUCCACCCUCCCACCGUUGUCGGCGUGAUGGGCAGCGCAGCUUCCUCGUCCAAAUUGUUGGGUCUGUCUCCUGCUCAGUGCAGCCACGCUUUGGCGAUCGCUGCUUCUUCUGCCGGCGCCCCUUUGGCCAACACCACCACACAGACCAAACCUCUGCACGCAGGGAACGCUGCACGGAGAGGCCUGGAAGCCGCUCAGCUCGCCAGUAUGGGUGUAAAGGGGAAUCCAGCCAUCCUGGACCUGCCGUCUGGGUUCGGGGUUUACUACACGGACUACAGUCCUACACCAAUGACAGGAUCCGGUGGGUUUAGAUGGAUUCUGGAGGAUCAGGAUGUGGCCAUCAAGAGCAUCCCUGCCCACCUGGCGAUGCACUGGGUUGUAGACGCGGCCCUGGCAGCUCGUGCAAAAUUAGAGCGUAGCGUCGGGAACUUUGACCUCGACAGCAUCAAACACGUGACGCUACGAGUUCCUCCCUCCAGGUACAUUGACUGCCCCGCCCCCACCACCGAGCACCAGGCCAGACACUCCUUCCAGUUCAACGCCUGCUCGGCCCUGUUGGAUAACAAAGUGACUGUGGCUUCUUUUGGCGAAGAGCAGAUAAAGCGACUGGCGCUGAAGGAGCUUCUGUCCAAGGUCACGGUAGAGACGCCUGAAGACAACCAGCCCAGCUUUGACCAGAUGUACUGUGAGGUUGUGAUCGAAACCAAGCAGGGUCUGUGGAGCACAAACAAAUGUGAUACCUUUUACGGACACUGGAGGAAGCCGCUGACUCAGGAAGACCUGGUUGAGAAAUUUCGAGCCAACGCUUCCACCGCACUGUGCUUGGAGGGCGUGGACGGAUUGAUCGAUGUGAUCGGAAACAUGGAGGCGGCCGCAGAAUGCUCACCUUUGACCUCUUAUCUGACAAUGGCAAGAAGUCCGUGUGAGCUGCUGUACAUGACCACUUUGUGAAUGUUUAUUCACCAACCUUCUUCACUGCAGAUGGAGCUGAAAGUCAAUCUAUCGACAGAAAAGAACUGUUGAGAUUGUUGAUCAAUUUAAUCAUGAAGGCAUCUCAGGGAGGAAGAAAGUGAGAUUCAAAUACUUCUUGAUUUUGUAGAGAUUUUAUGUUUAUGCACUUUACCAGUAUUAUUUUUAUUCAAAUAGUUUUCACUGUCAGGUUUUGAAUUCUUUAAAUAUCAUGACUGCAUGAAGCAUUUCAAGAAUCUGUAAAAUAAUUCACUUGUAAUUAAUCAUUUAAGAGAUAAGAAAAUAAAUGCAGUUUCUGAGCCUCAGAAAUGUAUUUUCACAACUUA